GCACGCUCCCGGGGCCCCGCAGGUGCGGAAGACCACGAAAUUCCACGCCCCGCGGAGACCCACCAGCUCCCGCGACUAGAAGGGGAGGCGCAGUCGGUCGGGCAAGGCUCCCAGGGCAGAGUGCCAGACUACCUUUUAAGGCAAGAAGCAUGGAGGUAAUUCAUGGCAGGCCCUACUGUUGUAGGGAGCUUGAAGGCGCUGACCUCCUGUCAGACACCUUUUAUUCUAACGAGCUGCACACUCCGCUCGAAACGACUAUUCGUCCAACUGCUUCAGAAGACAGUUAUCAGGACAUGAGGGAGUCACUGCCACAAUGCAGGCUUCCAUGGGGUGCCGAAAGAGAAUAUGGUGGCAUUGUCCCAGUUGCCCUUCCUGAAGAACACAGGCCGAAGUGUGAGCCUCCCCUCGUCAUGAGCAAAGGACAUCAGCACUAUGGAUUUGGUGGGGAGACCUGGCCAAAAAAUCUUCCUAUUGAACAGUUCUACUAUUUGACACAAAACAAGAAAAGUGAUGUCUACGGAAAUGAUUCUUUGUUACCCAAACCACCUAAUUCAACAGUGGGAGAAAUCUGCUCAUCGUAUCCAAUUGAACAUCCCUACCAUACACACACAAGCCGUGGUGCCAUGUUUCCGACCUUCACCUCACCUAAGGACCUCUACACUGGUGUUAAAGCUCGCAGCCAGCAGCCUUUUCCUCCUACCGUACCUAGCAAGGCCUACGACACAAUGGUUUUGAAGACAAGAGGUAACCCCUACAGAUAUGAACUGCAUGAUAUUCCCAUGGAGUCAAAGAGAAAAGCAUUGUGUUGGCCAGGUCAGGGUGUAUAUUAUGAUUUUCCUAAAUGUACUGAAAAAAACAGGCCAAUAUUCUACCCCAAACCUCCUAAAACCUUUGCUCCUAACCCAUCUGUGAGCCCAUGGGAUACUGUAGAGUCUGCAAAAGAAGCCAAUAUACAAAGAAACCUUGAGAGGUCCCACUGGAUCACUUCAUACAAUCAUGAUUUUACAGGUCCAGGGCCCAUGAGCCCACUUGAACUGGAUGAUUACCGUGAAAAGGAGGUAGCAGAUCUAGCUGGACAAAUAGGAUUUGACCCACAACCUCAAGAAAAAUUCCAUACUGCCUUAAAACCUGCCAGACCUUUGGAAGGUCGAAUUGCGCGGCUCCUUCAGAAACAACGACCUCUGGAGGCUAUGGGGGAGCAACGACGACCUUCCUGUCCAGAUUGUACCCCUAAAGUCGUGUGUGCAUUCCACAGAUUCAUACCCAGUUCUAUAGAAAUGUUGGCAAUGAAGGAUAACUUCCUGCCUGGGAGGACCCAUAAAAAACAGGAUAUCGAAGAGAAGAUUAAGGAAGAACAAAGCUUGAUAUCUACCUAUCCACUCCCUACUUCUUACCCAACAAAAGAUAUGAAUAGUCUUUAUGACCUAAAAACAUUUCCAAAAAUCACAGACACUAAGAAGACAGAUGAUUUGUACCGGAGACAGCUGGCGUUGAAACCCUUACCUGUAUCCUACUCUAAGUCAAAUUAUUACAUUAACUAUGACCAACUUAAAUCCGCCUUCCGUGACCCAUAUACAAGAUGUCACAACCCUGCUCGCCUCAGUAAGUCUAAUAUUCUACAAAACAAAAGCGAUAUAGAUUUCAAUAUUGACAGGUUCUUAAGUAAACGAGAAUUUGUGGGCAUGGACAGGGAAAGCCGUGAAGAAAGAAGACCUAUUUUGGGAUGGAUUUCUAGAGCUGAAGCGUCUGAGCCUCAGACCAACCUGCUAGAUCUUAGGAAAUCAUUUUCAAAGUCCAUGGCACACAAGCGUUUGCAUAGCUCCAUCCGAGAAGAACAAAAAGACCUCAGGGAUAAAAUGCAUUCUGGGAUGAGACAUCAGUUCUACGGCCAUAAUGCCCAUUAUUUCUAUAAUUGAGAAUUUCCCUCUGCCCUUCAAAUCCCAGCCUCUUGCAGGAAAAAAAAAAAAAAGUAUGUCACAGAGUGACCUGCAUUUGGCUGGAUUCUUUCUCUGUACUAAGCCAUAAUGACAUUAAUGAAGUUGUGUUUUUAAGAAUUAAGGUUAGGAUCUGGUCAGAGGAACCAAAAUAAUGUCCUGACUUCUUAAAACAUUUAACAGUCUGUCAACAGAAUAUCAAAAUCAUGGAAAAAAUUAGUCUUUAAUCUCAUCUUCAAAUUACACUCUGAAGUUUUCCAAAGUCAUGAAAAUCAAUGUGCAGACAAAAUUUACAUCAUCGUUUUGCAGGAAAUGCAAAAUUGAAAAUUUCAAAUAUUGAAGUUAUUUAACAGAUAACUAUAGAAUGUAUCAUGAUUUAAUAAAGUUAGAAUG